AAUUCUUCACGAAACGGGAAGUAGCAGACUGCUGCCGCAGGUGCAAAUGGGUAAGGGACUAGCUUCUUUCGCCAUGGCGGUGGUAGCGAUAGCCAUUGUGGUGAGUGUUAGCGGGCGGUCUGGGUGGGAUGGGGAGGCGGUUUUACAAGCCUUUCGGGGGCUCUCUGAGAAAUUAGGGUUUUGGGCGAUCCCGCUUUAUGUCCUACUUCACACUCUCACUCUUGCCCUAUGCCUUCCCUACGCCGUAUUCUUUGAGGCCGGGGCUUCCAUACUCUUUGGAUUCCUCCCUGCUAUUUCUUGCGUCUUCUCCGCGAAGGUCCUCGGUGCCUCCCUCUCCUUCUGGAUUGGACGAGCAGUUUUCUGCAGCUCAAAAUCAGCAAUGGAGUUCACACGGAGAAACAAAUACUUCAAUCUAAUUUCUAAAGGAGUAGAACGCGAUGGCUGGAAAUUCGUACUCCUGGCUCGCUUUUCACCCGUUCCAUCCUACGUAAUCAACUACGCCUUAGCCGCCACCAAAGUUCGGUUUUUCGUUGAUUUCCUCCUCCCUACCGUCAUAGGUUGCCUGCCUAUGAUCCUCCAGAAUACAUCCAUUGGCAGCCUUGCCAGUGCAGCUGUGGCUUCAACCACCGGCUCCAAAAAAAACCAGCUUUUUUCAUACAUAUUUCCUCUCAUUGGAAUAGGAUCUAGUGUUUUGAUAUCCUUCAGGAUCAAAAAAUACUCUUCCGGGAUUUUAGCUUCAACCGAAUUCGAGUCAUCAAACUCUUGCGAGAACAAUGGCUGCGAUGAAAAGGUUGCAGAUUCAUCAUCUAAAACUUCGGGGGAACGAAAACGGAUGGAUUGAAGCUUGUGAUGUUCUGUUUCUUCUGACGGUCUUCUUGAUCUCAAAGAUCUGAAGCAGACUGAUCUGCUUGAUGAUAUAUGCUCUGAUUCUGUCAUGAAAGGUUCCUUUAUAGGUUCAUGAAGAUUGAAGAUGAGCUGAAAUAUAGGUACUGGCCAUUGUUGAAGAUGCUUUGUUGUUUCUUUCUUUAUGCUUUUAUUAGCCGUCAGCAUAGCGUUGCUGGAAUAAUUGAAGCUUCAUUGGACUUGCGUUUUCAGCAGCUAAUCAAAAUUCUGGAAUGAUACCUGUAUGUAUCAUCAUAUCUGUUGGAUAUAUUUAUAUUUAGCUUGGACCAAAAAGUUUAUUGUAUAUGUACAAUUUAACUUUAUAAAUAACUGUCGGUCUAAUUUGAACA